AAUUAUUAUCUUUUUCCAUUGUGGUUUCCAUAGUCUUUAAAUGUUAAUUAUUUAAAACAGAGAAAAGAGUGCAAAAAGAACGAACCGAACCACAUGCUCGCAGCUCAAAGAACCAGUCCUUUGAACAGUUGCGAACCAGCUGAGCCACCUCCGCGUUUUGGCGGCAUUUGUGCGCAGUAAGGAAAAGCAGGAAGAGACUGAAACCUGAGACGAUGGAAAACGCACUCUUCGCCAAUGUGCAAAAGCUGUACGAUCACAGGCUUUACGAGUCCGUCAUCCCAGCGGCAAGCCUGUUGAACACUUUGCUGCAGAACGAUCGCAAUGUGGCCACGCUGGAGAUGGAGUACCAGGUAAUGCUCUACCUGGCCAAUGCCCACUACAAGGAGCGCCACUUCCGCCUGGCCUACCAGCAGCUGGAGUCUGUGCUGCACACACGCCGCACCAUGCAGCGGUACAAGAGCGCUUGCCUGACGGCCAUCGAGAUUAUGAACAACCAGUUCACGGACGUGGAGCUGCGCUACCGCCUGGCCGUGUGCUACAAGGAAGUGGGGGAGCCAGGUAAGGCUAUCAGCACUCUUCUCGCAUUGCCAGCAAGAACGCGCACGCCGCGCAUCAACAUGCUGCUGGGCCGGCUGCACCACCACGCCUCGGCGGGCAGCAAGGGCAAGGCCGACGCCGUGAUGGCCUACAAGGAUGUGCUCAAGGAGUGUCCCAUGUCGCUGAAAUCCAUCGAGGCCCUGCUCGAGCUGGGUGUGGAUGGCAUCGAGGUCAACUCCCUGGUGAUGAAUGCUGCUUCUGCUCCCCGGAACAUCGAUUGGCUGAGCACCUGGAUCAAAGCGCUGGCCCAGAUGUACGGCUGCAAGCAUCUGGAAGCGGCCAAGACCUUUCAGCAGCUGAACGAUUCCACAAGGCUCCGCAGAAACGAGCAUCUGCUGGUGGAGAUCGGGCGGUGCCUGUACUACUACGGCAACCAUAUCCAGGCAGAGCAGUACCUAAGCACAGCGGUCAUGGCCUAUCCCUACAAUAUGGAGGCCAUCAGCCUGCUGUCCGUUGUGUAUGAGCUGAACGAGCAGAGCGCCAUCGAGCAGGAGAAGCUCUUCACCCAGGUGAGCUCCGAUCGGGAGUUCAGCCCGGCCCACUGGUUCGUCCACGGCCAGAAAAUGUACAGCGACGCCAAGUACCAGCGGGGUCUCACCUUUGUUGAGCGCUGUCUCGAUAUGGAUCCGCGUCACGUCGAGGGCCAUUUGUUGCGGGGCAAUCUCCUCAUCUCGCUGCAGCGAUACCGCGAGGCCAUCGAGGCGUUUCGCAACGCGCAGGGACUGGCCCCAUAUCGCUUCGAGGUCUACAAGGGGCUGUUCCACUGCUAUGUGGCCCAAAAGCGCUUCAAGGAGGCGCAGACCAUGUGCGUCUGGGCUAUACGCAGCUUCCGCACCUCACCGCGCAGCUACACGAUGUUCGGACGAACGCUCUUCCACUCAACCAAUCCGGUGGCCAAAAGGAGUGCCAAAAAGUUUGUGGAGAGGUCGCUGAAGAUCGACUCCAGCUACACUCCGGCCGUGGCCCUGAUGGCCGAGAUCUGUCAGUAUGAGGGCGCCACCAAGGCGGCCAUCAAGCUGCUGGAGAAGCAGGUGAUCAACUACCCGAAUCAGAAUCUCUACACCCUCCUGGGCGACAUACUGCGCAUCGAAAAGGAGCCGAUCAAGGCUCUGGACUACUAUUAUCGGGCCCUGAGCGUGGACUCUAACUGCGUGCGGGCCAUAAAUGGAAUUAAUUCUCUAAAGCUGGGGGGCUCAAUAGGAGCCAAAGGAGAAGCCACAGCCACAGAGACAGGCAGAGGAGAUGGCAGCAAUGGAAUGACCACGCCCACGCCAACGGACACGCCCAACCCGGAGUGGCAGAGCGUCAACUGCGAUGAACCUUUGGAGACGUCUUCCGAAUCUGGGGCGAGCCACAAUAAUGGCGAAGCGGCUGCCACGUCGGAGCCCUUUUGGAUGGAUGCCGAUGUAGAGAUGCUCAACAACGAGUGAUCCAACACCUCGCCCACAUCCCACAUAACUAGUUAAGCAUUUAUUUCUGAAUGUUAAUCAUAAUUUUAAGGCUUAAGAAAUUGUUUAAUUGUAAGUCCACCCAGGAAA